AUGAUUGCUGGUGUAAGAAAGUCAGGAAUCGAAUCGCAAUCUUGUUUUUUACAUUCACUUCAAUUAUCAAUAAAUGAAUCAAUUUUUUCUCAAGAAGAUGUCAAAAAUAUUAUUAGUACUAGUCGGGAUAUUGUAAGCCAUUUUAAUCAUUCUGCACUUGCAAUUAGCAAAUUAACUAACUUGCAAACUCAAUUAAAUCUGCCUGUCCAUAAAUUGAAACAAGAUAUUAAUAUCAGAUGGAAUUCUACUUAUUACAUGUUAUCGAGAGUGAUCGAACAACGAAAAGCUCCCGUAACAUAUGCAAUUGAUAAUAAUCUUUCAAUAUUAUCAGAUAUACAGUGGAUAACAGCAGAAAAAAUUGUUAAAAUUUUGAAACCAUUUGAGGAAAUAACAAUUGAAGCGAGCAAAAGGAGUGCUACUGCUUCCAUGAUUAUUCCUUCAAUCAAAACAAUUCUCUUAUUUCUUGAAAAGGCAAAAGAAUCUUGUGAAUUUUAUGAAAUCAAAGAAACAAUUGAAAAAUUAAUGUCCUCUAUUGAUAAAAGAUUUACCUUUUAUUUUGAAAACGAAUCACUAUGUAUUACAACAACAUUGGAUCCCAGAUUUAAAACAAGAUUUCAUAAGACUUGUAUGAUUGAAAGAAUUUAA